UCGAGUCGAGAGUCGAGACUUGAUAAUAAUUUUAAUAACAUUGCCUUUGCCGAAAAGCCGAUGAUCCAAACGUAAAACUAGACUACAGCCUAAAUGUGAUAAUUAUUCUGAAAUACCUUCUCAUAGUUUAUUUCAAGUUAAAUAUUUUCUACAACAUUAAUUUAAUUACCAUGCCGAUCUUGCAACGUAUUUUAUUAACAAGUAACAUAACAAGCAAGAGAACAAUAUUAUCAAGCUCGGUUUGGCUAACUAAGAAAGAUCCACCUGAUUCAAGCGCAUCCUCGUCAACUUCGUCGUCUUCUUCCGACAGUGACUCUGAUGAUGAAAAAGCAAAGAAUAAGAAGCAAACUCAGCAGCCAGGAAACGUGAGCCAGAAACUAAGCUCCUUGCUGCAAAGAAUGGUGGAGGAAGAGAAAAAUAUGCCUCUUCAGGAGAAAUUAAAUCUAGCCAAGCCAAGACAGAUACAGAGACAAGAGUACUUGGAGAAGCAAAACGAGAAGAAAUACGGUGAAAAACUUGCUACUGCAGCUAAAGAGGUUGCUGAAGAUCUUGGAGGAGAUGUCAAACAAACUGAAAUGGAAUUGUUGGAGAAGCUUCUUUUCAAGAAAACAGCAACUGAUGACAGUGGAAAACCUUCUAAAUCAAAACAUCACCCAGACGAAGAUACUAAACAGGAUCUUGGAGCUCUAUCACUCAGUGAACUUCUGUCUGAAAUGAAGAUUGAUAGAACGAAGACGAAACCAGAUGCAGCUCCUCAAUUCCAAUCACGUGCAGACCAAGUUCGCAGCAUGAUGCGUCAUCAGCAGAAGGAUGGAAGUCAACGGCCUCAGCAGCGACCACGGAGGCCAAUGUCUUUUGACCGGACGAGGACUGUGGAAAGCAUCAAUCUUUUCGGUGGAGAACCAUUCGGUUUCUUCAAAGAUUUGAAAGCUGAGGCAGUCAGUAAUGAAGUGAAACUUGACGUUUGGGACAAAUGCGCCAAAAGAGAGCUUCGAUUAGCCGUGACUCAGCCUCCCACCAACAUCUAUGAAGAAAUGAUCCAGUGGACGAACAAGGGAAUGCUUUGGCACUUCCCCAUUGAUAACGAACAAGGAUUGGAAAAAGAGAAGCAGGUGUACUUCUCUGAGCAUGUUCAUCUUGAGCAUCACCUGGAGGGUUGGUGUCCAGACAAGGGCCCGAUUCGCAACUUCAUGGAACUUGUUUGUGUUGGACUAUCAAAGAAUUACUGGCUAAGUGUCGAAGAAAAGAAAGAAUACAUCGACUGGUUCAGGGACUUCUUUGUUAGAAAACGAGAAAUGAUCAAAGAAAUUGGUGCGGGUGACAUCCAGCCUGAAGUUUAGUGAUGAAAUGUUUGUAGUUAGUGUUAGAAAAAGUUGAUCCAUCUUAAAUGUUUAUGAGAUA